AUGGAAAGGCUCGACUGCGUCGUGAUCGGCAGUGGCAUUUAUGGUUUAGCUUCCGCUAAACAAUAUCACGUCACCCAUCCGGGCGAGAGGCUAGUCAUUUACGAGUCCCGCCCCUGUCUCGGCGGCGCGUGGUCGGAAGAACGGCUCUACCCCAACCUCAAGACGAACAAUCUCCUGGGCACCUUUGAGUACCCCGACUUUCCGCUCGACACCGCUGCCGCCGCCGCCGCCCAGCUAGAGCCAGCCAAGGACCAUAUUCCCGGCGAGACGGUCAAUGCGUAUCUCAAGGCGUACGCGACCCGUUUCGGCAUUGACCGGUUCCUCCAGUUCAGCACCAAGGUCGUCGUCGCGGAGCACCAGGAGCAAGGGGGCUGGGUGCUCACGCUCGAGACAGAGCAAGAUAAUACAGAUGGUACUCCUGCGCUGCAGACCAAGGUCUUUACCCGUCGUCUCAUCACCGCCACGGGUCUGGUCUCGGAUCCGAUCCUGCCCAGUUUUACCGGCCAAGACACGUUUGGGGGUCCCAUCUUCCACGCCAAAGACUUUGCGCAGUACGCCGAGACGCUCCAAACGGCAAAGAGCGCGACCGUCUACGGGGUGGGCAAGUCUGCCUGGGAUGUGGCCUAUUCGUAUGCCAUCAACGGCGUGCCAGUCAACUGGGUCAUCCGCGCUUCCGGUCACGGCCUGGGCUGGGUCAGCACGUCCCGAGUAUCACCCUUUAAACUGUGGCUCGAGAAGCUUGCCCACACGCGCAUCAUGACCUGGUUCAGCCCAUCCAUCUGGUCCGACACCGACGGCUUCUCCUGGGUGCAGCGGUUCCUGCACGGCACGCGGCUGGGCCGUGUCGCCGUGCGAGCCCUGUGGCGCAUCAUCAGCGCCGACGUGCUCGCGCUCGUCGGCUUCGACAAGCAUCCCGAGACGGCCAAGCUCAAGGCCCGGGUGCCGCUCAUGUACAUGGCGACCAGUCUCGGCAUCCUCAACUACGAGCACGACUUCCUGGCGCUGGUCCGCGACGGCCGGAUCCGGGUGCACGUCGGCGAGAUUGCCAGGCUCAGCCCCGGCGCCGUCCAUCUCGCGGACGGCACCGCCUUCCCGUCCGACGUCAUGAUGGCGUACGGCGGCUGGCAGCAGGCGCCGCGCAUCCGGUUCCUGCCCGACGGCAUCGACGCGGAGCUCGGGCUGCCGCACUCGCGCACGGACGGCGAGUGGGAUCCGGACACGGGCGUGCAGGCGCAGCUGGUGCGGCGCGCCGACGCGGAGAUCCUGGCCCGCCUGCCCAUGCUCCGGGACCAGCCGCGGUUUCCCGACUACGUGCCCGUGACGAAGCAGGACGGCGUCGUGACGAGCACGCCCCGGCCGCGGACGGGGUACCUGAUGUACCGCUUCAUGGCGCCGCAGUCGGCGCGGCUGCUGCGGCACCACGACAUUGCGUUUGCCGGGCUCAUGUACAACCUGAGCACCAUGACGACGGCGCACGUUGGCGGCCUGUGGAUCAGCGCCUUCCUGGACGGCACGCUGGACAACGAUCCCUCGGCCGUGGCCGCCGACACGGACGCUUACGGCGCGCUGCGCUACCAGACGGUGCUGUACAACCGGUUCGGCCACUGGCGGCACCCGGUCGACUGGGGCUCCAAGUCGCCUUGUUUUGUCUUUGACACGGUCACGUACAUUGGCAUGCUGCUGCGCGAUCUCGGGCUCAAGACACACAGGAAGCGCAGCGUCUUCCAGGAGGUUUUCGGAUCCUAUGGGGUGGAAGACUACCGGACUGUCAAUGAAGAGUGGACAGCGGCACAGGCUGCCAAGGAAACGAGUGUUGAUGUUUGA